AUGGUAAUGUUGGCAAACCGGAAUAUUUCUAGGUUUAUUGUUGAUUGCACCAAGAAACGGGUUUACUGGCUCGAGAAUCGAACCAGCGUUCACCGUAUUUUUUCAACUGACUACAAUGGCUUGGACCGGAAAAUUAUUGUUAAUGGAUUAUUAAAUGAUUAUUCACUGGGUGUGCUUGGAGAUUCACUCUACUACCUGAACAAUGAUCAUGAUUUAUUAUAUAUAAAUGAGAUGAAUGUAUUCAACGGAAAUAUAUCCCGUAAAAUUCUGGUGGACAACAAAACAUAUUAUGAUGACCUGGUCAUUGUACAUAGUUCUAUACAACCUCGAGAGCGAAUGG